AUGAAGAUCCACCAGAUGAAGAAGCGGAUUGCAGUGGCGGCAGAGGCCAUCUCCAACGCCGCCGACAUCGAGGUGCCGGUGGUGCCCAAGACCGACUAUGCCGAGCGGCUCAUCGGCAAGGCCAUCGAGGGCAACCUGCUGUUUGAGCAGCUGACGCUGCCUGCCAAGCAGGCCAUCAUCCGCAGCAUGACGCCGCAGGCGGUGCGGGCAGGGGACGUCAUCAUCAAGCAGGGCGACACCGAUGCCAGCAAGUUUUACGUGCUGGAGCGGGGCGCCGCCGAUGUGCUGCUGUUCAAGGAGGAGUGGGGGGAGGAGCGGGCGGUGCACUCCUACCAGCCGGGCAGCGGUUUCGGCGAGCUGGCUCUCCUGUACUCUGCGCCGCGCGCCGCCACGGUCAAGGCCACCGCCGACGGCAAACUGUGGGUGAUGGAGCGCACGGUGUACGCCGCCAUCAAGCGCACCGAUCAGCAGCAGGUGGCGGCGGAGAAGGCGCGGCUGGUGGAGCAAGUGCCGCUGCUGGCGGUGCUGGCGCCGGAGCACAAGCAGGUGGUGGCGGAUGCUCUGGAGCUAGUGGAGUUUGGGGCUGGGGAGGCGGUGUUCGGGCAGGGCGAGGCAGCAGACCGCUUCUACCUGCUGCGCGAGGGCACGGUGGUGAUGACCAGGGAUGGGCGGGAGGUGGGGCGGGUCAGGGAACAGGCCUACUUUGGUGAGAAGGCGCUGAUUGACGACGCGCCUCGCGACGCCACAGCCACAGCCGACGGCUACGUGGUGUGCUACACGCUGGGGCGCAAGGCCUUCCACGAGCUGCUGGGCCCCAUCGAGGAUGUGCCCAUCCUGUCCAACCUGUCCGAGCAGCAGCUGUUCCAGCUGGCGCGCUGCAUGGCCAACCGCUCGUUUGGGGCGGGGGAGGUUGUGUUCCGGCAGGGCGAGGCGGGGGACACCUUCUAUGUGGUGGAGGAGGGCAGCUUCAGCAUCACUGACGGCGCCGGCAGGGAGCUGGCCACGUGCGGCAGGGGCAACUGCUUCGGAGAGCUGGCGCUGCUGAACAACGAGGCCAGGGCCGCCACGGUGCAGGCCGCCACCGCCGCCAAGGCCCUGGCUUGCACCCGCGCCGACUUUGACACCCACCUGGGCAGCCUGGCCGAGAUACGCAACAUGUGGCGGUUUGAGGCGCUGCGCAAGGCGAGUCGGGCGGCGGCGGCGGCGCCGCGCGGUGUGGCGGCGGCCGGGGGGUCUUUGCGUGCUUGCCACGUGGCAGCGGCGAUGGCGACGGUGCCGCUGCUGACGGCGCUGAGGCCGCAGCAGCGGCUGGCGCUGUGCACGGCGUUUGGCAGCCGGGUGGUGCCCGCGGGUCAGGCCGUGAUUCGCAAGGGCGAGGAGGGCGACACCUUUUACAUAAUCGAGGAGGGCGGCUGCACGGUGGUGGGAGAAGAGGGCCAGGAGCUGGCCAAGCUGGGCCCCACCGCCUACUUUGGGGAAAGGGCCCUGCUGCGGAACGAGCCGCGCGCCGCCACCGUGCUGGCAGCCAGCGGUGAGCGGGGCGAGGCGGCGGCGGCGGCGGCGGCGGCAGCACCGCUCUCCCGAGCGCUGUCCCGCUCCCAGCCGCAAUGCCUGGCCUGCAGCAGCAGCCGGAGCUUGGCAGGUGGCCCGCCAGCGCGCCCUGUGGCCUCGCCUUGA